UGUCUGUGUUUGUUGUGCCUGUGUUGAUAAACUUGGUCCUUUCUUCUUGCAUCAGCACCCACAAGUACCGAAAUUUGGCAACUGGGAAAGUGAAGAAAAUAUCCCUUAUACUGCCUAUUUUGAUAAUGCAAGGAAGGGCAGAAAAGGUGGUAACAUGAAUCCAAAUGAUCCUCAAGAUAAUGCUGAUAGGUUUUCUGAUCAUUCGCAUCAGGAGGCUGAACUAAAGGGCCAAAAGGGACCAGGGGCGAUAAGGUCAAAGCACAAGCGUCACACAAGCCGAGAAGAUGGUGAGCUAAGGGGAUUGAGUGGGUCUCCUUUGCAUCCUGACACUGUGCCUCAGAAUGCUGCAAUUGACUCAUCUCGUCAACAGUAUGGUGGUGCAAGAUCUGGAAGCAGUACGUCAGAAUCAGAGGCACCAAAGGGCCCAGAUGCAUUAAGACCAAAGGAUGAGCGCCGCCUAAGCCGGGACGAAGGUGAUCUGAGGAGGCCAACUGAUUCUCCAGUGCGUCAUGACACUGUAGGCCGAAGAGCCAAUGUUGACUCACCUCAUCAUUGUCAUGGUGGCACAACCGCUGGCGAUACCCCUAGGAGAGUCACACGGCAAGGUGGGGGGUCUGAUCGUAGCAUUGAACACUCACCAUUACACCCACAUCACCAGGGAAGGGUUGGAGGCAAAGGCAUUGGAGUUUCUUCUCCCUCGUGGGAGAGAAAGGGUUCAUCCGAUGGUAGUCAUGGCCUGGCUCCCUCUACUCCUGGAAGAUCCCGAUUGAGAUCCGUUACUCGCGGUGAUGAAACUCCUGAUCGCAGCCCUGCUGUUCCAAAAUUCGGUGAUUGGAAUGAGAGUGACCCUGCAUCAGCUGAAGGGUUCACUCACAUUUUUAAUAGAGUGCGAGAGGAGAGACAGGUUGGUGCAGGAACGAAGGUACCUAUCAUGCCAACUGAAACUUCUUAUUCCAACGGUCAGAAGCGUUAUGAAACUGACAAUUCAAAGGGCUGUUGUUGCUUCCCAUGGGGCAGAAAAUGAUAUUUGAAUACAUCGAUGAAAGGGAAGCGUGUGGGGCCUGUAUACUUAUACGAGUAAUGUUAGAUAUAUUUAAAAAUCUGAUUUAAAAACAACAACUUGAUGACAUGGUUGCUGACAUGUAUAUGCCACAUCAUCAAAAGUAAUGACAUCGCCAAAUUCCACAUAUGCAGCCUUACUCCUCGCAUCAACCCAAAGGGAAACUAGAUGAUGUGGCAUAUACAUCUCAACAGCCAUAUCAACAGGUCAUUGUUUUAAGUCAGAUCUAGCAUUACUCUGCUUACAUAUAUAGGCUUGGAAGGCUGUCUUAAAAUGUAGAGUAACUUUAUAGUGAGUGCAUUUUUCCUCGUUUGGUUUCAUUGAUAAGAUAAGAACAGCUUUUUGAUGAAAGGUAUUUUUUUCCUUUUCCUAUUCUUUUGUCCACAUUAAUUUAUUUUACGUUCGGAUAUAUGCACAAUUGUCUUCAUUACCUUUUGCAUUCCUAUUGUAUAUAAUGAGAGAGUACCAG